CGAGUGUUGAUUGGCAAGGAUAUUAUGCGGGGGGCUGGUGGUUUUGCCUUAUGGAAGUCUACAAAGCGUGCGAGUUCUCCGUGAGAUUGCAGGUCGCCCUCAAUAUGAUAUGUGGUCCUCGUUUAUGACUUUAGAUCAAAAAGGGGCUAGAGGUAAUUCCCAUGAAAUCCCCAGCCACUUUCAAUUGUCGCAGAUAAAGCCCCUCAUCCACUUUCCCCAACGAUAACCCUCUAAUGUAAGGGCGGUGGGUGCUUGUGUCACUUUCACCCAGCAAGAGUCGCGCUCCUUGCUGUCAACAUCUGCACUCCCGGAUUCGCCUUCUUCGUACGAGAAUGAAUGACUGACUCGUGCAAUCAACGCUGCACGAGCGUCAAUGCGGGUUUGGGUCAGCCGAAACAGUCUCAGCCGAAGUUAAAGUAUCAUAUCCACCGCGCGGAUCUCCCGUAUCGGCAACGCGGGACAAGUUGUCACCACUAGCGACAACUUGGACAGUGAGGAUCCGUUCGGGGUAAUCCUGGGGGCUUGAUCCCAGUAGCUCCGAGUAGAUCAAGAUGCCAGUUAGAUUCUGGCCUUGACUACUGUCGGCAGGGGAGGGGAUGGAGGUGUACGGACUGACUGCACUGCUGAGUCGAAGCAAGUGACAUUUGGCGCUGUGACGCCCAGUCCAACCCAGCCACUCCACUUUAGGUCCUUCUGGCCACUGACACUUAGGCCACGCCAUCCAACUGCUGAUUAUUUCCAGUUUCCUGUCCACUGGCUGCGCCGCUCCACUUGGGUUUCCAAUCGCUGGUUCAGUGGAUAAUAAUAGGCAGUGGCGUCUCUGAGCUUCUCUCUGGCCCUACUCCACUCGUGUCGAGAAUUGAUCCUCCAGAUUACUACUUUCUCUCCCUCUGCUGGACUCCGCUUUCUUUUACCUUAGUCUCUUUCUCCUGCCUUGACUCUUCCAGCAUUCCUUUGACUUCUUCCGAUUUGGGGGUUCCUCUUCCAUGCCUCGGGGAGAUCUUUAGGGCCCACUGCCCGCGCCUCCCACCAUGUACAUUCCACAGAAACGGGACCUCAGCCAUAAGAAUAGCGUCUUCAUCAUCUGCGCCUCGGUCAUUAUCUUCGUCCUGGCCGUCUGCAUUUGCAUCUUUUUCGGCGCUAGGUGGCUUCGACAGCGCUACUAUGAGCCCAAGUACAUUCCCGGUCAGACCUUGAAGCGGAAAUGGAAGCAAUGGUGUCCCGGAAGUGCCUCUUAUGGGCAGGUGCCCAACCAAGGUGGUCAAAACAACAAUCAGGACACCUCCUAUCGGGGAUCGGGCCCGGAGAUGGCCACGAUCGGCACCAACAACAAUAGCAAUAACAGCAAUGGGCCGCGGCGAGAAACGUCCAUCCGUUCUAUUAUCACCUUACCACCAUACUCGGCGAGUCCCAAACCGACCGAGCAAAUUAUCGCUCGCGAAGGAGAACGAGCGGGCAUGGAUAUGGUCGUCGAGUUCCCGGAGACGGCGGAGGAACAAGAAUCACGCCGCGAAGAUCAGAUGGAAGCCCUCUAUCAACUGCGAGUACAGCGUCGGCAGGAACUAGCCGAUCGCGAGACUCGCCGCCGGGAACGCCGGGAGGCCCGCGCACGAGGUGAUUCCAUCCGUCUGGAGCAACUCAAUGAAGAAACUCGUGCUCGAAGCCGCCGUCGCCGUGAGGCUACCGAAAGCAACACCUCACUCACUGCAUCGGCCGUCAUCGCAGAUCACCAAUCCCGCGAAAGAGAUCGGCGUAUUGCCAGUGUCAGCUACGCUGAUCUCGGUCAUGUUCGACACGAUGGUUCCCGUCUGCGAGCUGAUUCACACGCCUCUGAUUCCGAUUACCACCCGCUUCUGCAGAAUGCUGCUAUGCAUGCAUCAUCACCAUCGUUGAUGGAUCCCCCCAGCAACCGCUCGGGUGUUCAAUCUUUCGCAUCCACACUGUCCAACGAGGGAGAUCCGCUCGUGCUUCGUCCGACAUCAACUCGCGGAUCAUCUACUCAAUCGAUGCCUCAAGCAGUUGAAGAGGGAGACCUGGGUACCCUCAAUAUACCACCGCCACCCGAGUACGACCACCUGGACUGGGGGGAAGCACCUGCGUACGAAAGUCCUACGAACCCGCGCGAUGAGCAACAGCUACCAGGAAUCCUACGGUUGCCGUCUAUCCAUGUGAACAUCGCCAGUCCAAUCACGUUUUCUCCGGUCACACCUACGGCACCCCAGGCGCUCGAGGAGUUACUACCGAACCCUCCGAACCCAGCAACUCCAACAGCAGCAACGGAGCCAACCACGGAAUCGGACAAUGCAUCUGCCAAUAAUCAGGGUCCAACAACUGGACACGUCUCCACCUCAUGAUAUUGCCCCCGCCCGCCUGGGCGACUCUAGAGUCGUCUCAGCGUAAUCGGAUGAACCCAACCAUCUCUCGAACCUCAUAUUAAUGAGCACGAUAUUUACGAUUGUACUCGCAUCUUUGUCUUUUGGUUUCUUUUUCAUUUCAUCUGAUUUCUGCUCUGAGCGCCUUAUCCAGCUCGUUGCUUUUCUUGACUAGCAUGGCGUUUUCGGCUGAAAUUGGCUGGUUUUUUUUGGCUGUCGUGGGAUUCUGGUGGGCUCACUGCGCCCCCAGUAGGUAGGCUGCGUGGUUUGCUGGGAGGGGCUUUGGGAUUUAAAUAUUGAACUUCUAGAUAGACCACAUGAAAUCAAUCUAUCUUUUUUAACAAGAC